AUAUAUGACUGCCUCUGACGUCAUGCUGAGGUCAAGAGGAAGAAGCAUGGCGGUCGCUCUGAGAGGGUCGCGGUACCUGGGGGGAAGGUUUAUCAAAUAUGUUGGAUUUACGUUUGUGUCAACAAGAUCCAUGGCUUCGAAGACACAAGUGGGAUUCAUUGGACUGGGCAAUAUGGGAAACCCAAUGGCAAAGAACCUGCUGAAACAUGGAUACCCAGUCAUUGCUACAGAUGUGUUCCCAGAGUCUUGCAAAGAGUUGCAAGAGCUAGGGGCUCAGAUUCUGGAUAAUCCAGCUGAAGUGGCAGACAAAGCAGACCGCAUCAUCACCAUGCUUCCCUCCAGUCCUAAUGUCAUUGAUGUGUACACAGGGCCCAAUGGCAUUCUCAAGAAGGUGAAGAAGGGCUCCCUGCUGAUAGACUCCAGCACCAUCGACCCAGCGGUGUCUAAGGAGAUGGCCUCCGCAGCUGAGAAGAUGGGGGCUGUUUUUAUGGAUGCACCAGUUUCAGGAGGUGUGGGAGCUGCCAGUUCAGGGAAACUGACUUUUAUGGUGGGAGGAGCUGAGGCGGAGUUCACUGCGGCCCAAGAGCUCCUGAACUGCAUGGGAGCCAACGUGGUGUACUGCGGUCAGGUCGGGACCGGACAGGCUGCUAAGAUUUGCAACAACAUGCUGUUGGCUAUUGGAAUGAUUGGUACUUCAGAGACGAUGAACCUGGGAAUCAGACUAGGCCUUGAUCCAAAACUACUUGCCAAGAUCCUCAACAUGAGUUCUGGUCGCUGCUGGUCCAGCGACACCUACAACCCUGUCCCCGGGGUCAUGGAGGGGGUUCCGUCGGGAAACCACUACCAGGGGGGCUUCGGCACCCAGCUGAUGGCCAAGGACCUGGGUCUGGCCCAGAACACGGCCACCAACACAAAGACACCGGUGCCCCUGGGGUCCUUAGCCCACCAGAUCUACCGCAUGAUGUGCGCACGGGGCUACGCCAGCAAAGAUUUCUCCUCGGUCUUCCAGUUCCUUCGCGAAGAGGAGGGCCAGUAGAGAAAGCGAGACUCCAGCCAAGGCCACUGCCUUAAGAGGCCUAGACCUUUUCUGGAGGAUGGGACUGUUUUUAGCCAAAAUACUGUUUCUUAAUGUCAAGAUGUAAAUUGAGAAAGAGGAGAUCUCAAACACAACCAUGUGAGCCUUCUUCCACAAAAAACACUCCUUUCUUAUUUUAAACAGUGAUUUCAGAGGCGUAAGGAGGAUGUCCCAAGCUUCUGACAGCAAAGCUAAUGUGACAGCAUUUCUGUGUCUCCAAAAUGGAGGAAAUUUUGGUGUUAAAAAUAAAUAUACAAUAUGUCAUUGUAGGUUAGAUGUUUUGUUUAUGACUUUGCUCUUUUUCCUAUUGUUAAUGGAUUCAUUUUCUGUUGACAUUGGAAUGGUUACUUUGAGAUUGAUUACGUCAUAUCAGUGUUCAUAAUAAAGUUAAAUAGCAUAAACUUAAA